AUGGCCGAGUACCUGGAUGUGCUGACCAGCCACGGCGUGGAGACCGUGGCAGACAUGUUCCAGCUGUCCGAGGAGGACUUGAAGACGCUCGGACUGAAGUUCGGACAUCGGAAGAAGCUCAUCGAGAUCAUGAUCAACACGGACGAGCUGUACAAGUUCCUGAGCGGCGUGCAGUUGCUGGGGCAUUACAAGGAGCUCGCAGAGCUGGGAUUCGACAGCAUGUGGAGCCUGAUGGGCAUCUCGGAGGACUAUCGCGAGAAAAUGGGUCUGAGCGAGGAGGAGAUGCAGCGCGUGAUUCAGGCGCGCGACGCUUUGAUCGAAGAGAAGAAAAGCGAGAUCGACGCGCUGCCCGAGUUUAAGGACUUGAAGGGAAGUAGCAGCAGCAAGCCGGUGCUGUCUCUGAUGUUCUCGGACGCACGAGCAGACAUGCUGAUAGAUGAUGGGGCAUUGAGCAACAUCAGCUAUCUGAAACUGUUCGAUAUGUCUGGAAUCGAUGAGUGCAAGUUAAAGCUGGGCGAGGCGAUGGGGUUGUGCUACCUGGUUUCAUGGGUAAAAGCCAAAAUGGUAUAGUUUAUUCUUCAUUUGCUUUUUUGUGUAUUUGCUUUUUUGUAUCAUC